GAAGAAGAAAUAACGUUAGUGGUGCCAUCUUGUUCCGCUAGCGUUAGCGUCAGUUAGUGUGUAUCGCUCAACAACAGCACACUUUAUAGUGGAUAGCAGCAGGUUUUAAGUAAAAAUAUACAGCGUCUGACUUUCGAUAUUCUCAGAAGGACGCGUGUAUUUAGUAAAUAGUAGGAGUUAUGUGAAUCGGAUAGAAAUAUCUCAUACUGUUACUCUGAACGCGAAGACCCGCGUUUGAACAGGCCCAAAUAACUCAAGCUUUAUCAAAUGAUGUCUUCGUCACAUACAAUUGUAAAGAUGGACUUUAUAAAAGAGGAGAGUGAAGAAAUGACGAUUGCAGAGCCACCGGGUGUGAAAAUUGAGCAAACAGAUGAACAAGAAGGGCUGACAGAAGUGAAAGAGGAAAGUGAAGAACAGAAUGUGGACGAGGAUCCUCAUAUCGUCCUUACUGGACGACAGGUGUUAAGUUGCUCCGAGUCUGGGAGAAGGUUUGGGCACAAAAAAUCUCAUAGAAGUGGAUUUUUCUUCUCCUGUCUUGAAUGUAAAAGAAAUUUUGAGUCUAAAGAGCACCUGAUGGAUCACUUCCGAACUCACUCUGGAGAAAAUUGCUCCGAGACCACAACAAAUGUGUUUCCAGUGCGAAAUGGAGCUCAAAAAACGGUCAAUAUGCCCUUUGCCUGCCAACAGUGUCAAAAAUGUUUUUUGUGUAAGGAACACCUGAUGGAGCACUACAGACUUCACACUGUAGAUAAACCUUUCCCAUGUGAUCAGUGUGGGAAGAGUUUCAUUCAUAAGCAAAGCCUUAAGAAUCACUUGAGAGUUCACACGGGCUUGAGGCCGUACGUGUGCCAGCUGUGCGGGAAGAGUUACAUACAUAAAGAUAAUCUUACCGAUCACAUGAGGAUUCACACUGGAGAGAAGCCUUUUGCAUGUGAUCAGUGUGGAAAGAGUUUCACACACAAAGGAAGUCUUCUGCAUCACAUGAAAAUUCACACAGGACUGAAGCCUUUCACUUGCCGUCAGUGUGGAAGGCAUUUCACACACAAAGGAAACCUAAAGAUUCAUAUAAGACUGCACACUGGAGAGAGACCUUUCACAUGCACUCAAUGCGGGAAGAGUUUCAUCUAUCAUGGAAACCUGAUAGGUCACAUGAAAAAGCAUUCAGGAGAGAAACUAUACCACUGUUCUCAGUGUGGAAAGAGUUUCAUCGAGGCUCGACAUCUCCAGAAGCACGAGAAAACUCACGAAACCGUGAAGCCCUUUGUUUGCUCUGAGUGUGGCAGAGGUUUUCUAUGGCUCCACAAUUUUAAAGAGCACCAGAAAAUCCAUACCGGCGAGAAGCCUCACGUGUGCUUCGACUGCGGGAAAGCCUUUACGAGAAUAAUUUACUUGAAAAGGCACCAAAGAAUUCACACUGGCGAGAAACCUUACAAGUGCGCACAAUGUGGAUUGUGUUUCACGGUUUCUGAUUCCCUGAAAGCCCACGAGCGAGUGCACACCGGAGAGAAGCCGUACAAGUGCCCGUCAUGCGAGAAGUGUUUCGGGCGCUUGAGUACUCUGCUGACUCAUAAGAAGAAGCAUUGCCCAAAUUUGCCUAAGUAAAGGUUGUGAUUUGUUUCCAGGGAUGUUUUUUAUUUUUUAUUUUGGGGAGUAGCAGUUCUGUAUCCACAUUAAUAUGCUUAACAAUUACAUACUUUAUCAUAUGUGUUGUAAGGUGAUGCAUGGAAAGAAUGGUGUUGGAAGCUUUAAUAGUUGGUUUCUGAAAAACUUUCUCACAAACCUGCGACUUUCCUCUGUGGAACACGGAGAUGUUUAGCAGAUUCUCCAGAGUGUUCUUUGGUAUGAUGGGAACUGGGGAUGUCGAGCUCUAAACAGGAGCCAAAAAAAGCACCAUGAAACUAGUCCAGUGUUAAAGGGGAUUGUUGUUAUUUGCUGUAAAUUUUCUUCUCUGCUGUAGCUUUCAAAACUCUCAAGUAAUCGCUGUCCUUUGGAGUAUGGCAUGCCACACCAGGUUUGGCAUCAGAAAAGUCAUUGGCUCUUGCAUGUCUCGUAAAUAAUGGCACAGCUGGCGUGUUUUUUUAAAAACAUUGGAUUAAUUAUUAAUUUAGCUAAGUUGGUGUUCCCGGUCAAAAAUGACUUUGGACAUUAUUAAUAUUAUCUGUUCCUUCAGAUUUUGCGUUGCAAAACAACCAUUAAUCAUGACUGCUGUUAUCUUGUCCAUGCUGGAAAAUAAUCAUAACCACCUAACAUGAAUUAUGUAAAUAAUCUUAAUAUCACGGCCAUUCAAAACCAGGGUCUACUCACUGAAAAUCUCAUUGGGCGGGAUUUAAUGUAAACACAGAUAUCGAAUGCAAGUCCUCCUGUCUAAAGUGAGAAACAGUCGGGCCAAAAAAUUGGAUCUGGUCAAAAGAGCGUAUCUGUGCAAAGGAGAACUCUGGCGCAAAAUGAACCUUUUGUCUAAUAAAACUUUGGUACCUAGUUAGAUUUGUUUUCAUGAUAAUCGAAUGUAAAGGGUUUUAUCUCUAAAAACUGUUUAGUCUAUAACGCUAGUUUAUGGGGGUAUUUAAUAAGUAAAAAGAAAUCUCUAGUUAAUACCACUAACAAGGCUCAUAAUAGCCCCACACUAACACAGUAACAUAAUGAGGGUCCAUACAUGCAAAACGAAGCAUUGAGAACUUUGCAAGUGUACAGACUGUUUAAUAAGAAGAUACUUAAAGAAGACAGUCCACUUCGUGUGUACACAACAGGAGCCAUCUUUGGACAACAAAGAUCUUGAUAAGUCGAACUACGAACGCCGUGCCAAGUGAGCUGAACUGUAUGAAGUUCAGCGAACUUCUGAACUGUAUGAACAGCGUUCAUGGUUCGACUUUUCGAGACUGUUUUCUCCUGCCAGUAUACGCGAAGUGCACUGACUUUAUAAAGUAUCUUCUUAUUAAACAGUCUGUACACUUACAAAGAUAGUCUGCAGUGUACAUGCAGCCAGUCAGAUCAAAUACAGAACAAAAGAGAGCAAGUUAUUAGAAAGAUUGAAUUCAAUAUUAGCGAUAACAUUGGCAUGUUAUCUAAAGGAAUAUCAUUUUAGAAUAUCACCGGUCAUUUUUAACCAGGAACGCCAAGUGUAGCAAUGUGGGGGAGAAGAAAAUAAUCUCUGGUUCAAAAUGAACACAUAUUACUAAUAAAAUAAGGUUGUUUUGGGCAUACUAGUAUUCACACUGUUGGAUAACAAAAAUCAGUCAAGCCCAGGUGUGUGUGAGUUUAUGGUUGGAUAGGAUGCAUUAAUUGCAUUAUUUAGGUGUAUUAUAACCAAGGCCACAAAUAUGUAGUGUGCAAACUGUACAUAAUGAAGUUAAUAGAAAUAAAAAAAAGGAGCAAAAUCA